CCAGAGGCUGCCUCCGCCAGGCACAGCGGCACCUGCCAGAGGCCUGUGCUGCGGGAAGGAGGAAGUGCGGAUUUGCUGUGCUCACAGCAGCUUGUGUGAAAUUUCUACUGCACGCCUUGGAUCCAUGCUCCUAAUCAGCUUAUGAGCUUCCCUUGACCUACGCUUCUUUUCCUAAUGCGUGUCUGACUAUGGCUGUCCUCAAAGUCAAAUUCACCAAAACCAAGAGGGACAAAUUGGCUCAGAUCUUAUGGAUCCUCAACUGGGUUUCUGUAGUGAGUGGGAUCAUUCUCUUCAGUCUUGGCCUCUUUCUGAAAAUAGAGAUCAAGAAGCGCAAUGAAGUGAUGGCAAAAGGGGACAUUAACUCUGUCCCCAACAUGCUGAUCUCUGUAGGGGUCAUAGCAUGUAUCAUCAACUUUCUGGGGGGCAAAAUCUGCUACGACUGCUCAGAUGCAAACAAGUUCUCUCGCUGGAAACUAGUAAUGCUGCCAUACAUCGUAUGUACCUUCUGUUUCACCUUCUGCAUCCUGGUGGGCGCUCUCAUGUGCUACACCAUGAGGAACGAGCUGGAAGAGUCUCUCUAUCUCGGACUGAGGGAUGCCAUUAAGUUCUAUAAAGACACAGACAUACCUGGGCGAUGUUUCUUAAAGAAAACAGUGGAUUUGUUACAAAUUGGAUUCCGUUGCUGUGGAAACAAUGGUUUUAGAGACUGGUUUGAAAUUCAGUGGGUAUCUCCUCGGUAUCUGAAUAUGGCUUCCAAGGAGGUUCUGGACCGUCUGAAGAGCAACGUUGAUGGGAAGUUCUUGGUGGAUGGAGUCCCCUUCAGCUGCUGCAACCCCAGCUCGCCACGGCCCUGCAUCCAGUACCAGCUGACAAACAACAGUGCUCACUACAACUACGAUUUCCUCACAGAGGAGCUCAAUAUCUGGAUGAAGGGGUGCAGAGAGGCCCUGCUGGAUUACUACACUGGUAUCAUGAGAUCCAUUGGCAUUGCAGCAUUGCUUAUUUGGUUGUUCGAGCUCUCUGUACUGAUUGGUGUCCGGUACCUGCAGACAGCCAUGAAGAAUGUCCUUCUGCUAGGAGAUCUGGAGGGUGAAUCAGAUGGUUGGUUACUAGAAAAUAGUUUUGUGGAAACUGCCAAAUACAACAUCAACAUCAUUAAGAAUCUCGGCAAAGCCAACCAGAUCUCCACCGUCUCAGGCAUGAACGACCCCAACAUUAACAUUCAAAACACAGACUGUGACAAAACUAAUAUUACAACAAAAUCUAUCCCUGCAGCUAGGUAGGUAAAUCUUCCAAGAAAUGACAUCACAAGUGUAGCUUUGCUCUAUUACAGUCCUACAGUCACCAGAUUUUAUCUGGUCGGGGAAAAAAAAGUAGAAAAACUAGUAAAACAAUUGAACAAGCCACAGACUGGUGACAGCUCCAGAAAUGCUGAUACUUCUUUGGAUGGAUGUGUUUUUACUUGUAAAAUCCCUGAUUCUCAACACUGCAAGAAACUUGAGGAAUUUCCCCCACUUUCUCUCCUUUACCUACAGACUUCUAUCAUGGUCUGAAUGCAUCAGAAUAAUCAUUAUGCACAAGCAAAUAUUUCAGACAGGGUGAGUCUACAUGUACUAACAUAAAGAUUAGUUGAAUAGGUACCAAAGAAGUUUGUCAUUAAACCUAUAAAAAUCACAGUAGCAGGGAAAUCCCGGAAAAAAUUAUUACACUGGAUACAAAGACUCUUUAUGAAAAAGAAAACAAAAACUGAAAUGAAGAUUCUGCUGGUACAAGUUAGGAAUGGGGAAAUUUUAGCAAAAAUAUAUGUAUAUUACAGCCUACAAGAAUGCACCAUGUAUGUGAAAUUCAGGUGAAGGCAAUAAAAGUUACCACAAAAAAAGUUAACUUGUUUUUCCCAAAAUGUCUGAAGUACCUUUUCAUUUCCCCACCUCCAAUAGUUUAGAGAAAGCUACUUGCCCCACUCCCCUGAAAGUCAAAGAGUACAGUUGAAAAGAGUUCUCUGCUUAAGGAAACUGACAGCUUGUACAGGGAUAUUUAAGCUUCCAACUAGCAUGUGAUAGUACAAGUUUAAAAACAAGUAGAUACUUCCUAUGAAACAAACACUGAUGAUCCUAGAUGUUUGGAAGCUCCUAGUUUCAAAAGUACUUUACCACACUGAUCCAGGGGUGGGAAGAGGUUAUUUGUAAUCAAUGAAGGCAGACAGACUGACAACUCACACAUUAAGCCCCUGCUACCAUGUUCAGGAGCUUGGUCAAUUCAUGGAGUGAAAGCCUUCAAUGCCCAAAACACCUGUAGUUACAGGAUGCCCUAUGACUGUAAUCAAUCAUUAAUGGCCAGCAGGAAGAAAGUACCAAUAAAAACAGAGGUGGAAAAACCAAAUGAAAUAUUUCACUUGUCACUGCUGUGAGUGCAUUCUUUGGAUAAUCAAGUAAAAGAAGUUUUAUCACUGAAAUAUUUUAAAUAGAACCAUUCCUGCUUUUGAAACUGUGCAAAAUAACAGUAAAAAUUUCUUUACCUAAAUAUUGUUGUAUCCCAUGAGAAAAAGCAAAAGAUUAUAGUAUAAGGAUAUAUUGUAAAUAAACUGUGCAAUGUAAUAAUCUGUAGUGUAAUUCCAGCAGGCUAUGUCCAUGACCAUAAU